GAUCAGAUGUUGACCUUCACACAUGUGUCAUCACUUUCACACAGUUUCACUUGAAUGAAAAUCAAAAUUUUCAACAAUGUUACACGAAAAAAAGACGUCAAUUUCCAUAAAUUUGUGAGUGAAAAUUGUUAUCUUGAAUUUAUAUAAAUGUAAAAUUACGAAAUGUCAUUUGAUAAAAUGGACAAAAACACUUUUCUUAUCGUGUUACAGUUGUGAACUCAGGGAUUUUAUAGGUUAACAUUUGUUUAUCGUCUCUCGUGAAUUUAUUAUAAUUUACAAAAAUUAUAAGAAUAUUGAGAAAAAAAACGAGCGAGAUAUUCGAAAAUUGCUAAUUGUGUCAUCAAAUGUUAAUUUCUAAAAGAAAUUCAAGGAGAAAAAUUUUGAGAUUUUAGGAUUUCGAUAAUGUUAUUGUCAAGGAGAUUGUUUAAAGCCGCUGCUAUCGGUACAAUUGGUUUAGGAACUUUUGCAUCGUUACGAGCGAACGAAUAUGAUAUUGGAUCAAUUGGAAUUGUUCGAUUGGGACGAGCGGCAGUUACAGUUUUUGUAAUUGGCAAUUAUUAUCAAAAACAUCUCUAUAAAGCAAAAGUUCUUAAAGGAACCGAAGAAUAUGAGACAUUAAAAUCGGAGGCUCAUAAAUUUGGUGCUCAAAAACUUUUGGAACUUUGUUGCGCCAAUAAAGGAGUUUACAUUAAGGUUGGACAACACAUUGGUGCUUUGGAUUAUCUUCUACCUCAGGAAUAUGUGACGAAAUUGCGAAUUUUACACAGUGCCGCGCCUCAAUCAUCAUUUAAUGAUGUGCUAACGGUAAUAAAAGAGGAUUUCAAAAAAGAUCCAUACGAAAUAUUUGAUUCAAUUGAAAAAGAUCCAUUGGGCACAGCAAGUCUUGCACAAGUUCAUAAAGCAAUUCUCAAAAAUGGAACAUCCGUGGCAGUUAAAGUGCAACAUCGUUCAGUUAAAACAAAUGCCUAUGUCGAUGUUAAAACAAUGGCAACAUUGGUGAAAAUUACGUCGUGGAUUUUUCCCGAUUUCAAAUUCGAUUGGCUCGUGGAGGAGACGCAGAAAAAUAUUCCCCGUGAAUUAGAUUUCACUCAGGAAGGCAGGAACGCCGAGAAACUCGAAAAUCUCUUCAAAGAUUAUCAUUGGCUAAAGAUACCGAAAAUUUAUUGGGACAUUUCUUCGUCCCGUGUGCUGACAAUGGAAUUCAUGGAGGGUGGACAAAUAAACGAUGUCGAUUAUUUAAAGAAAAAUGGAGUGAAUUUUUUCGAAGUUACCAAUAAAUUAGGACGAUUGUACAGUCACAUGAUUUUCAUAACCGGCUUCGUUCAUUCCGAUCCACAUCCAGGAAAUAUUCUCGUUAAAAAAAAUGGUAGCGAAGCUGAUAUUAUUCUUCUCGAUCAUGGAUUGUACGCGGAUUUAACGAACGAAUUUCGUUGGGAAUAUUCGAAACUCUGGUUGGCAAUUCUCGACGGUGACAAGGACGCGAUGAAAGAGCAUUGCACAAAAUUGGGUGUCGGUGAUUUUUACGGUCUACUUUCUUGUAUGGUUUCGGGCAGAACUUGGGACACAAUAAUUCACGGUGUACAAAAGAAGAAAUAUUCAAAGACAGAGAAGGAACUUUUUCAAAAGGAAAUACCAAAUUUAUUACCGCAGAUAAGUAAUGUUUUGCAAAAAGUCGAUAGACAAAUGUUAUUAAUUUUAAAAACAAACGAUCUUAUUCGCUGUAUUGAAUAUACAUUGAAUACACAAUCGAGAAUGAAUGCAUUCAUGGAAAUGUCAAAGUGUUGUGUCAAAUCUGUUUAUGGUGAAAAAUUCAAAUAUUCUCAAACAAAUUUGUCACGUUGUAAACUUUCAUUUUCUGAACAAUGGACACUAUUUAAAUUAUCUCUUUACUAUGUUUAUCUAGGAGUUUUAAAUUUCAAUAUUUUAAAGUGUGUCGAUUCACUUCGAAACAAGGAUUUUUAUCCUAUUUAACGAAAAUUGAUUUUAGAUAAUUAUUUUGCAAAUUAACAAAAUUUCUAUUAAUUGACAAUUUUCCUUUUAUUAAGGAUUU